UGAUCAUCGCUCAACGUCCGCCAUCGUCUAGCGCUUCGCAAGUCAUAUGGCUACGCUCCCAGACACGGACGUCAUCCUCUUCUACGACAUCCCCAGCAGCACGCCCAGCACCGCCUGGUCGCCCAACACCUGGAAGACCCGGUACGCGCUGAACCUCAAGCGGCUCCCGUACCACACGGUAUGGGUCGAGUACCCCGACAUCGCGGCGCUCCUCCAGUCCUUCGGCCACGCGCCGACCGAGCCGGGCACGCCCACGCCCUACACGCUCCCCGCGAUAUUCGACCCGCGCACGCAGCGCUUCGUCGCCGAGAGCGCCCGCAUCGCCGCGUACCUCGACGACACGUACCCCGACACCCCCGCGCUGUCCCCAAAACCCUUGCGCCCAUUCCAGGCCGCCUUCCAACACGCCUUCGCGACGACGGUCCAGCCCCCGAUCCUCCCCCUCUUCCUCCCGCGCACGCACCCCCUCCUCCAGCCCGCCUCCCAGCCCUACUUCCGGCGCACCCGCGAGCACAUGUUCCGCGCCGCGCUGGAGGAGAUCUGCCCCCCGCCCGCGCACGCGCAGCAGUGGGCCGCGAUCGAGCGCGCGUUCGGCGUCGCCGCGGGGUGGCUCGACGCAGCGGGCGACGGGCUGGACGCGGGCGACGCGCGGGCGACCUUGAUCGGCGAGGGGAAGCUGACGCAUGCGGAUCUGAGCGUGGCGGGGUGGCUGGUCUGGAUGCGGAUCGUGGCGGGGCGAGAGAGCGCGGAGUGGCGGGCGGUGGAGGGCUGGCACGGGGGGCGGUGGAAGAAGCUGCUGGACGUCGUCGAGCCCUGGUCCGACUGCAGUCGGUGAGAUGAGAUGACCGUUGAUCAGACAAUAGGCCCGCUCAGACUGAACGGGUAAGGGUACGGGCAAGGGCAACGUCACGGGACGUACCCGGGCGGCUCAGCCACG